AUGGCGUACCUGGGAAAGACUCUUCAUCGACGAUACGGACCUGUUGUGCGCGUUGGGCCAAAUGAAGUUUGGUUCAAUACAAAGGAAGCUUUUCAUGCUAUUUACAGCAGUGGAAGCGGUUAUGAAAAGUCGGAUUUUUACUUGGCAACCGCUCUCAACAAACCUUAUAUUGACUGGCACCUCAACCCUGAAUUCCCAGACACUCUCGAUCUUUUAUCAGAGAGAGAUGUAAGACGCUACCGUAUCCAGCGUCGGCUCAUCGGCCCAGUCUACCAAACUUCCAGUCUUAUCCAAUAUGAAGCUGCCGUCGAUGAAGUUCUCGCACGCACCGUCGCCAAAUUGAAGAGCUUAAAGGGUGCCCAGGUCGAACUCAAUGAAUGGAUGCACAUCAUCGCUGUCGAAUGUCUCGGUGCGAUAGUUCUUUCAUGGUCACCCAGCAUGUUGAAGAAUGGUACCGACAAUGGCUCCGGCACUCAUGCUUACCAUGGUUGGAGACGAAAGAGUGUCUUCGGUCUAUUUCCUUUGGCUGCCAAACUUGAGUUCUUGUCAAAGUCAACUGGACGACUCUUUAGUACCAUCUGGGGCGUCAAUUUCCAGCCCCCAAAAGACUUUCGGCCUUUUUUUCCUGACGUUGGCAAGAGAGCGUCACGGCGCAUCAAUGCAGCCACGAAAUCCAAGCACCACAAAGAUGAUCGUCAAGAUCUUCUAAAAGACCUAAUUGACUUGCACAAGUCCAAGCCUGAGUUUACAGUGAAUUAUCUUCGGAAGAUGGUAAUCACCAACUUUGGCGCUGGCCAUGAAACAAUGGCAUCAACUCUAACAUCGAUAAUCGCCAUGCUUGGCUCAAAUGAUGCUAUACAAGAACAAGUCUCUCGCGAGAUCUUGGAAACUCACAAUCCGGCUGAUUACUCCACCGCAGCACGUUUGCCAGAAACACAAUCCCUUAUCAAAGAAGCCAAACGCCUAUACCCCGUCAUCAGCAUGUCCUUGCCGCGUACAGUCCCUACGGGCGGUCUUCAUCUGCACAACUACUAUUUUCCACCCAACACAACUGUCGGCUGCAACCCAGUAGCAUUACAUCGAAAUCCAGAAAUCUUUGGCUCCGAUUGUGAUGAGUUCAAGCCAGACCGUUGGUUGACUGCAGACUCCGACACAGCGCGCAACAUGGAGCGUGUAAGUCUAAGCUGGGGCGGUGGCGCGAGAACAUGCCCUGGCCGGCACUUGGCAGAGCUGGUAGUCUUCAAGGUCAUUCCGGCUCUUGUUAAGGAGUUAAGCAUUGAGACUGUUGUACCACCUGAGGACGAAAAUCGCUCGUAUUUCUUGUCCAUGUUGACGGGUGUCAAGGUCAGAUUCAUAGAGAGGACAACAACCCAUUCAUGA